AACAGUCAGCAUGAUAUAUAUGGAAUCUGAAAGUAGAAGAGCUCUUCAGAAACUAGAAGAAUGGCUGGCCUCAAAUAUGUUGGUACUAAAUUACAAUAAGACUAUGCAGAUUCCAUUCAGGACGGCUCGGGAAGCAGUAUUGGAUACGAGAGAUGGAAACAUAGGUUCAGCAAACGAGGCAAAGGUACUUGGAGUAGUGCUGGACUCUGAACUCUCCUGGCGACCUCAUUUAGACCAGCUAAAAAGCAAACUAAACUCAGCAGUAUUUGUUCUUAGAACCGUGAAGAAAUUGCUGGAUGCAGGAACGCUUAGAAGUGUUUAUUUUGCUGUGUUCCAUUCUCUUCUUUCAUACGGUGUUAUAUUUUGGGGCAAUUCAACUCAUGCAAUACAUAUAUUUAGGAUUCAAAAGUGGGCAGUUAGAGUGAUGGUGGUUGAACAAGUACAGUUGGGUGUGUCGCAGUUAUGA